GUGCUGCCUAAAAUAUAAAGAUAAUUUAAGACUUAAAUAGCUUUCAAACUACCCCGCCGGAAACCACGGCCAUAGGUUUAUUCUUCCCGAAAUUUUUUAAUAAUACUAAGUUUCGGAUUACAGACAUGACGAAGCCUUCACUCAAUCCUGAAUGGAGAGCAUUUCUUGCCCGGAACCAUACGGUCAGCCACGAUGACGACCAAAGGAAUGCGGCUUUCUUCAGUUCCACAGACGGUAGCCUACUCGCCGCACACGUAUCAAGCGUGGACACAAGAGUUCCAGCCAGAGAUGAUCACCAGAUCCCCAUUCGGAUCUACGCACCUAAAGAAGAUCAGUCAUCCGACAGAAUCGUCAUAUUCUACCACUCGGGUGGUUUCGUGGAAGGCAAUGUUGACACAGAAGACAUCUCUUGCAGGUACAUGGUUAUGGGGAGUCGUAGCACUGUCAUCAGUGUCAACUAUCGGCUCAGUCCGACAUAUGCGUAUCCAGUCCCUAUGAAUGAUGCCUGGGACGCGUUCGAGUAUGUAGUGAGGAACCUGUCCAUUAUUGUGCCGAAGCACAUACCUCCUGUCAGGCUAGUUAUUGCUGGAACCUCAUCGGGAGGACAGCUCGCCGCCAUAGUCUCGCAAAGAGCGAGAGACUGGUUGCAAGAUCCAAGGACUGCAACCGUGGCUGCAAAUAUCAUUCUGAGUGGGGUCCUGCUCCGAGCACCGGUGACUGUACGUUCCACAGAUAGAGCCUUUAUACCACCGGCUUUCAGGGAGCUCCACGGAUCCUGGGCAGAAAAAUUGGAGACAAACCUUGAUAGAUUGGGAAUGGCGGAAAAUCAUGAUCUUCUUGGGGUUCCUAUAGCGAAAAGAAUACAGCCUGACGCUUAUCCCCUAUGGGGCCGAUUUGGCGGGCUGCCGAAGACAUACAUUCAGAUCUGCGAAGUGGAUAUUCUCCGCGACGAUGCAGUGUGCUAUGCACAAGGUUUACGAAGCGCAGGGGUGGAAGUGCGUCUGUCGAUGUACGAGUCGCUGCCGCACAUUUUCUGGGUAUAUGCCCCUCAGCUAGAGGUCUCGAGGCGAGCACAGGAAGACUGUGUCAACGGUUUGGAAUGGCUCUUAAGUUCCGUGGAGUAAAUAGACUAGGUCGAUUGGAGCUUGCUGAUCGUCCGUCACUCGGAUUUCGAUUCACUCAUGUGACAAAUUGACUGGUGCUUGCACUGUUUGUACAUAGCUUGCUUAUUUCCCUACACACGUCUCGUCUCGCGCCCCCCAACCCUCUCGCUUGAGAUUCUGCUUAGAUAGAACCAAUAUUAUCAUAUUGCACGGCCAUCACAUUAUUUCAAGCGCCACUACUACUCUCUCCUCUAUACUGUACGCGGUAUAUAACAACCCGUUGGUAUUCAAAGCCCUCGCGUCCUUUGGCAACGCUAGUCUACACUACUAUUACCCACCAAGUAACCCGACGCCAGCGGUUCGAAAUCGGGAUAUCGAUCUCCGGAAAUGCCUUUUAUUUUAAGCAUCCAUAACUCCCACUGGAAAGAAGCGUUUGCUACUUCUUUGAAGGCUUCGUGGAAGCUUAAAUCGGAAUUGUCCUUGAUCUCGUCGAUGUAGAAGGGUGAGGUAUGAUCAUGGCACUUGAGCUAGCAUGAAUUUGGAAGAUGGAUCUCCCCUAUCAGUACGUGGCCAGAGUGAGCUCCGCCCCCUUUACUUUCAUGCUACGGAAAGUAGACCUGUUGGAACCCCUGGGUAAUUAAGUCCUUCGCUGGGGUCAUGAAACGAAAUCUGGCUCUGUAGCUGCUAAAUGUUCA